UAAAUUAUUAAAAUUAUAAUAUUUUAAAAUUUUGAAACUAUUUAUAAAUUCUAUUACAUAAAAUAUUUUUCGUUUUUUAGAACUUGAAUGGCUAUUUUUUCAAAUUAAUAUAAUAUAUUGUAUUAAUAAAAUAUUUUAAAUUUAUAACUUUUAGUUGUUGUUUAGUAUGUAUAAUAAAAUUAUUCAAUAAUUUAUUUAUAGAUAUUAAUAAGUAAUUGGUUACAACUAAUACUAAUAUUAUCUAUAUUUAUUUACAUAUAUGAAACACAUAAAUUAUUUUACAUUAAUGUUAAAUGAUAAAAAAUUGUAUGGGAAUUUUAUCUUUAUGAAAACAUUAUUUACUUAAUUAUUAAUUAAUUAAAAUAUAAUAUUUUAUACAAAAUAAAAAAAAUUCGUUUUUGUAUUGAAAAUCCACAAAAAUUGGUUUUUGGCUUUUCUUCACAAAUUGGUUGAAAUUUUGAAAAACUAGUUUCCCUAAAUUUUAGGGAAUCUAUUUGUUAAAAAACUUGAUUGGCAAGUGAAAUGGUUUUUACAAAAACAAAAACUAAAAACUGAAAACUUGAUUGGAUAAAAAAUGGUUUUUACAAAAGCAAAAACCAAAAACUAAAACAAAAACUACAAACAAUCAACCUCAUAAUAUGAUUCUCAAGUGACGCUCAUGGAAAGCACGUGAGCGGUUAAGACCGGUGUCAGAUCCAAAUUGAAAACUAAAACCCGGUUAAAGAGGAGACGCGAAAGUUAAAAAAGAAAACGGUUCAAAGAUAAAGGAGAAGCACACCGGCGAGUCUCCGGCGACCGAACAAUCGUCCCUUUCCGCAAAUUUCUAGGGUUUGCGAGUUUCUUCACUCUUUAGCUUCGUUCCGUCUCGUAGUGAGAACAAAUUUCGUUUCUUUUUGGUUUUGGCUGUGUAAAUGAUUGUGUAAGCUCUAGAUUUCGAGAGUGUGGGAGGGAGAUCACAACGUUUGUUUCUUCUUUGCGUUUUAAAGAUGACAAGCAAUGGUGAAGGUACAGAGAAGUGUAAUGGAGUUAAUAGUUGUGGUGGUGGUGCUAAUGAAAGGUCCAGAGGUAACAAGAAGUUACAAGUGUACAAGCGGAGAAAGCUUGGAAGAGUUUCUGUGGAAGCAGGUGUUAGUCACUCAGGAAGCCAGGAGUCUGUUGCUUCUGAAUUAGAUAAUCAAACUGGUGAACUCCCUGAGCUUCCAAAUCCAAAUAAACCAACAACUGAACCCAAGUAUGAGACCGUGACGGCCGGAUGCCAGAAUGUUCUGUCUCAAGUUUUAGCUUCAAAGGAGUUUGCAUCUCUAAGUAAGUUGCUUUCUGAAGUCAAGAUUGAAGACCUUACCUGCAGAACUCUCAUAGACACCAGGAUGCAAGAGGGUGUUUAUGAAGGUUCACCUAAGCUCUUUUCAACCGAUCUCCAAGAGGUCUGGCAAAAAAUACAGGAUGUUGGUAAUGAUAUGGCUGUUCUUGGUAAUAGCCUUUUAGAGCUUUCAAAGACGUUUUCUACCGAACAGUUGAAGAAGUUCUACACUAGGGAAUUGAAGCCUAAUCCUAAUGCAGAGAACAUCAGAAAUAACUGUGUUUAUGACACUUGCAAGCUAUGUGGAGAGAAGGCAGCAGUGACAGACUGUUUAGCUUGUGAUCAUUGCGAAGAUAUGUACCAUGUCUCAUGUGCACAUCCAGGUGGGAAAGGGAUGUCUACGGGCAGUUGGUACUGUAUAAACUGCACAGCUAAUGGAAUCGGAUCACCUCACGAGAAUUGCGUAGUGUGUGAAAGAAUGAAGACAGAUAGCAGACGUGUUGAUAAAAGUACAGAAUGUAAAGAAGAUUCAAACGAAUCUGAAGAGAACUCAAGCUGCAACAUCAACCAUGGAGGUCACAAAGUAGAGGUGAAGAGAGAUUCUGAACUCUGUAGGACAUGUGGAACAAAAGUGGUGGAGAAUGGCAGGUUCAUAACAUGUGAUCACCCUUUUUGCCCACACAAGUAUUACCACAUCAGGUGUUUGACUGCAAAGCUAGUAAAACUACACGGUGGUGCUCGUUGGUAUUGCUCAUCUUGCCUAUGCAGAAACUGUCUAACCGACAAGGAUGAUGAUAAGAUUGUGAUGUGUGAUGGGUGUGAUGAUGCGUAUCACAUAUACUGCAUGAAACCUCCACGUGCAUCGGUUCCAGAUGAAGAAUGGUUUUGCAAAACUUGUAACGCUGCAAGUCAGAAAGUCCGUAAAGUGAGAAAGGCUUAUGAGAAGAAGAUGGGGACGUUGCAGAAACAAAAUGGGAAUCUGAAGAGCAGUGGAGAUAGUGUAGGAGGAGGAGUGGACAUGCUUCUAAACGCAGCUGACACUCUGAAAGAUUAAGAACAUACUUUACAAUCCAAUAAAUGAAGGAUCGGAACCAGUAGUCAGUAUAUACAGCUUCUUGUCUCUAAAAAGAUUAUGUCCAUCUUCCUAACUUUGAAGACUUUAAUAUUGAUUCGUCUCUACAAAAUUUGUGAACAUACUUUAAUCAAAAGUGCCUUGUGAUGUGCUGAAUCUGCAAUCUGCUCAACUUUAUAAUUAACAAAUUUUGCUA